AGCGCGCACAGCCCAGCCCAGCCCGACCAGGCGCGGUGCCAACGCCGUCGGGUCUGAGCUGCCCGUCCCAGCCGGGCUGCGGCCGCUCGUCGCCCCCAGGCCGGUCCUCCCUCCCUCUCUCCCUCCCUCCGCGGAGCCAGGCACAGCAAAUGGGUAAUAACUGAAGAUGACCUCACAGCAGGAAAGUGAGAUCAGAUUGGCAAUGCAUCACUGAGUGGCGUGAUUGAAGACAAGACAAAAAGCAGGCUACAGCAAAAGGUGUGAACAUCGUAUUUUCUCCCUGAAGGCAGGUUACAGCUGAAGACAUCAAGAUGAUUCCAAAUUACUCUACUGAAGAAACCGUUAAAAGAAUCCAUGUCGACUGUCCUGUUUCAGGAAGGCACAGUUACAUCUACAUUAUGGUUCCAACUGUUUACAGCAUCAUCUUUAUUAUAGGCAUAUUUGGGAACAGCCUGGUUGUUAUUGUCAUUUACUGCUACAUGAAAUUAAAAACGGUAGCCAGCAUCUUUCUUCUAAACCUGGCAUUGGCCGACUUGUGUUUUUUAAUAACUCUGCCGCUCUGGGCUGCCUACACGGCCAUGGAGUACCAGUGGCCUUUUGGCAACUGUCUCUGUAAGUUAGCCUCAGCGGGGAUAAGUUUCAACCUGUAUGCCAGCGUGUUCCUCCUCACGUGCCUCAGUAUCGACCGCUACCUGGCCAUAGUACACCCGGUCAAGUCCCGAAUCCGACGUACCACCUUUGUUGCCAGAAUAACUUGCAUUGCCAUCUGGCUGCUGGCCGGCGUGGCCAGCUUGCCCGUCAUCAUUCACCGUAACAUAUUCUUUGCCGAGAACCUGAACAUGACCGUCUGUGGGUUUCGGUAUGACAACAACAACACAACGCUGCGGGUCGGGUUAGGCUUAUCCAAAAAUCUGCUAGGCUUUUUCAUUCCUUUUCUGAUCAUAUUAACAAGCUACACCUUAAUUUGGAAGACCCUGAAGAAAGCAUAUCAAAUUCAAAAAAAUAAGACCAGAAAUGAUGAUAUUUUUAAGAUGAUUGUGGCAAUAGUAUUUUUCUUCUUCUUUUCCUGGAUUCCUCAUCAAGUGUUCACUUUUCUGGAUGUGUUAAUCCAAUUACAUGUAAUAACAGACUGCAAAAUCACUGAUAUUGUGGAUACAGCUAUGCCCUUCACCAUUUGCAUUGCUUACUUUAACAACUGUUUAAAUCCCUUUUUCUAUGUUUUUUUUGGAAAAAACUUUAAAAAAUACUUUCUUCAGCUAAUAAAAUACAUUCCACCAAAUGUCAGCACACAUCCAAGCCUAACAACAAAAAUGAGUGCCCUUUCAUAUCGGCCACCAGAAAACAUACGCAUGCCCACUAAAAAGACUGCUGGGUCUUUCGACACCGAAUGAUGUGUUUUGCAAUAUACUGUUUUUGAACAACCUUGUGAAUGAAGCAGCAAGAAUGACAAAGCUCAUCUACAGUCCUGGACAUCACAGCUUACUGCUCAUAACAGAAACAUUAGAUCACCUCAGAGAAAUCAUACUGUAAAGUUUUAGCAGUGACCUUUCAUUUUAUGUGGUGAAGAGGACUGCUUGGUUUCCAUUUUGUGUCUCUUUACUGAAAGCAACAUAAAUGGUGGACAGGCACGCCAGAGUUCCUGUCAGCAUCCUGCCCUUUACUCAAAACUACAAAUGAAGGGUAGAGAAAACUGAAGUUAGAAGUUCACAGAUCUUUCUAAAGGAAAAUCUUGUAUAAGUGACAGUAAUUAAGAGGGACUUGUUUUGCACAUACAUGAGCUACUAUAAAUUUUGUUCAAGGACUCCAUGGAGUUACACUUCUUGUUUCAUUGGGUUUUUUUAAUGACAGAAGUGUGAUAUAAUAAUAUUUACAAUAUACUUUCAAAUCUUUGCUAUAUGUUGAGGCCCCAUUUUAAAUUCAAAUGGAAUUUAAGGUCCUUGAAAAGAUCUCAUUCUGAUUUAUGCUACUAUUUUACAUAUUUAAAUGGCAUUUUUUCCAUGAUAAUAUAGGUAAUAAAAUGCAGAUUAAUUUAGUAAGUAUAGAAUAAAUAUAUUUUUAGAUUUAUAUCCCUAGUCACAGAUUUCAAACUUCGUUUCAUAAUUCUACAUUUAUAUCCCAGUGUGGUUUUUUAUAGUAGUUUAAAAAAAGCAUAUAUGUACACACACACACAACAAUGGGGUUCACUCAACCCUUCCUUAUGCUGUGCCACACUGACUUGGAAGAACAUUACUUAUGGAGUGGGUUGGCUCCAUACUCUAUGUGACUAAAAUUCUGUAUUUGAAUACAUGAGUUCUGGGACAGAGGUAAUCAGAAAACUUCAAACUACUUUUGUAUAGUAACCCGUGUACUCAGUGGGAGACAUGGCCAACUAAGCAAAGCCACUAAACUUCAAAUUCCUAGACAUUUAAUAAACUCACAUUCUGAUAUGCAAAAAUGUGACAAUGCUUAUUUUACAGUUUAAAUAAUAAUGCUUUUAGUCACAUCACAAAACAUCCAAGACCAAACUUUAGUCUUAGCUUUUACAGAAUUAUUCUCUGUUUAUAUAAAAACUAAUCCUAGAGUAUUUGUUCCCUGUAGAAUAUUUUUUUAUGUGUAUGAAACAAAUUCAAAUUUAUACUAGCAUAAAUUGGAACAGAAGUCUGGCCCAAACUCCAUACAAUUGAGACAAGAAGGCAAUAAGCACUGUGGGAAGUUUCAACUAAUGAUAACCUCAUAUGUCCUUUUUACCUCAAAUGAUGAACUCCAGAAAAUACUUAUUAUUGAUUCAUACUCAUCUAUUGUCUUCAAAGACAGAUGAGUUCAUAAACACUUUUUGACAUGGAAGAAAAAUUCCAAAACUUUACACGUAUCAUGUAGACAAAUGCAUGACUAACGAGAAUUUGCAGUAUUUAUAAUCUUCAGAAUCAUCCAUCUAAUGUGGCUUUGUCUCAGGUAACAAAUGGUUGGAUUAUCUAUAUUUUCUUAAUACCAGUCUCUUGCAUGUACACAAAUAAUAUCUUAAAUUAUUUUUUACUUUAGGAAAACUCAAAUGAGUUAUUUCUCUAUUUUAAUACUUUUUUUAAGAAAAAAAAUGGGACUACAACCAGAUAUGGGAAUCUUGUGCCUGCUCUUUCAUUCACUUGUUUUAAGGCAAGUUUCUUUAAUUUUUUUUCCUUUGUUCUUACAGCUGCAAAAUGGGAAUCAUCUCUACUUAAAUACGUUACAAGGCACUGUGAGGACUGACUAAAACUUCCAAAGCUGUAUGUUAAAAAAGCAUGUUAUUUCAUUAGAGGUUUAAGUUAAUUUAUCUGCAAACUAGUAACUCAAAAUUUGAAACCUUAAUGUGUCAUUUAGACAGAGAUGAUUCCUAUUAUACAGAAUGCUUUAUACUGAGUUUAUAUCUAACCUUAAAAAUGAAUAUGGCAAUAGUCCCAUGCAUCAUGAAUAGCCCCCAGAACGGUGCCCCUGCCUCAGCACUCCAUAAGCUGGUGAAGUACCAACAGAGGUUGCUGCUUAUCUGUAUGGUAUUUUGUUCACGUACAUAUGUCACAGGCUGAGCAGCAUCGAGAGCCACCCCUGGCAGAAGCAGCUAAGUCUCGUGCAUAAUUCAGUGUGCUGUGCUUGCCACCUGCUGGAUGCACCCACAAAGUUGUUUUUCAUCUCAAAAGUCGUUAUACGGAGAGACAGCAGUAUUUCCCUGCCUCCUGAUGGAUCUGGAGAUCCUUACCUGUGGAGAAGCUCCGGUAGAAAUGAAGUAGAACCUCGGCCAUCAGGAGGCAGUUAACUUCUUUGACAGGGGGCAAGCAAGCAUUUCCUCAUCAUCUGCUGAUCCCUUUGGUCACUGAAAUCCAGUAUCCCCAGUGACCACGAUUAGUAGCUCAUUUGCAAAACACUGAUUGCAUUACUACAAGAGCCAACCAAAGGAGAAGAAAUGUGCAUAUGUAUAAAAAUAAAAAUCCAAGAGUAUUUGCACAAGUGAUAACUAAGUAUUUAGCUGAAAGGACUCAUUUAUCACCAAGAAAAAAAGAAGCAGAAUCAGUAACGACCAUGAAUGAUAAAAAUUACUAUUACAGUUGAAAACAGAAGAGAAGCCAUUGGUUAGUGAUUUUGAUAAUUUCAUGUCAGAUCCUGCAAAUUUAAGAGCCUAAGUGUCCCAGUCUGCUGGUGCCACCUGUGCCUACCUGCGUCAUGGGAAAAAGGAUUUGGCUGGGUUGAUGCAGGAAAGGCAGGAAAGGAUUGCAGCUGCUUUCUUGCUUGAAGGCAAGAGUGACAUUGAAUUGAUAGGUAGAGAAAGUGGAGGGCAAAGCUGCCGUUAAAUAAUGCUGGGGAAUUUUUGUUCUCCUAAGGGGUAGGAAAAAAAAAAAAGAAAAAAAAAGAAAAAAGAAAAAAAACCACGCAGGUGGCAAAUCAAUAGAUACCGAAAAGUAUCCAGAGAUAAAACUCUAACUGGGCAGCAGCAGAGAUCAAACUCUUCGAGAGUACAGAGUUCCCGUGGACAGCAGUUGAGGCAUCCCCACAACCCCCAGCUGACAGCUAACUGCAGAGUCCCCAUUUCCCUCAACACAGCCAAAACACUUCUGUCACACAUCUAGCUGCAACAAAUGCAGCCGCUGAGAAACAUGUUCUUGCUGAGCCAUACACUCCCCUGCCCAACUACUUGUUGAAAGUACUGCACUGGAGACCUGUGCACGGGUUGUGCAGAGCAGCAGUGUGACUGAGUGCAGGACUUGGCUGCUGUUUUGGAGUCUUGGCCGUGUGGUCCCUACUGAGGUGCAGGCAGGUAGGAGAUGGCCAGAGUAUCCUUUGACGCAAGAACCCAGUCCUUGACAAGAAAGGAGGUGAACUUAAGAUUGGGCUCUGUAUGACUUCACCACCAGGAACUCCAGGUUGAGCCAUCUUAAUAUCAAAAUAAGAACUAGCUAUGUGUAUUUAACAACAAGCUCCCUCUAUCUUAAGGAACACAAAGUUAAUUAAGAUGCAGAAGUAUGGAUACUUAUUUUUAAAACAACAACAGAGUACUUUUCAUUCUCAGGAUGACCAAAGUAAAAUACUUGACAAACUUUUAGGCUGUGCCUAUAAUCUCCUGCUGUGAGGAACUCAAACCAGCACUAACGAGGACAGCAUAUAGCCAUCCCUAAAUACAGGGAUCACUACUCCUAAUUUAUCACAAAUAUAUUCUGUUGGCUUGUUUGAAUGAAUACUUCCUGCUGGCAGAAUAAUUACUAAAUCACAUUAUGCAUGACAUGCACAUUCAUAAUAUUUAUUUCUAUUUAUUGUGUGAUAGUACUUUCUAUGACCUGUGUUUCAAGCUCUGCUCUCUACUUGCUUUCCCAUCCUAAAUUAUACUAUAUAAUCUAUGCUGGCUAGCCUAAAUUCCAACAAAAUUAUUACAGAUACAAUAGAGAUUAAAUCGGCUUCUCAGUUGAACAAUUUCCUCAUGUUUACAUUGUUAACUAAUUGUUCCAGAGUAAGUACAAGGCCAAAAGUCCUUUACUUUACCAGAACUACUAUUUAGGUGAUGGCUUUCUUCACCUACUUGAAAUUGUAACAGCAGCAGAGAAUAUAGUAGGAUUCCCAGGUUUGGUUUAGUUUUGCUUGCAUGGUGUCAGCAAUGAUCUAUCUUCCUGACCUCCUUUUAACGUAUAAUGAAGUGCAGGUAUUCCCAGGGAAAAGUAUCCAAUGGAAAAGAGAAACAAAUCCUUGGGAGGGGGCAGAAGAAGGCCUAAAGCAAGAACUUGUUGAUUUUGGAAAUACUUACUGUUAAAUGUAAAUACUUAAUUUUAUUUUGUAACAGAUUAAAAAAAAAUUAAAAUCUAAGAAUAAAUAUUUCAUAUAAGUAGUAAAAACUUCCAGAAAGUUUUGAGAGGGUCUUUUAAGUUCCUUAAUAACAUCUAGCUCAGUUUGGAACCUAUCAAACCAUUUUUACCCUGCUCACAAGGUCAGGGUCUCCAGCUCUGCUCUCCUACAUCACGUUACAGGCUUGGCCAGACCAUCAUCCCACUAGAUUGUGUAAAGUGAUGAGGUUGUCCUAUCAAUCAUCAAGUCCAUUUCAACAGUGACCUCACUACCAAGGCUGAAGUAACAAAUCCUCAAUGUUAAUGUCAGAGCUGUCAAGCUCAUUGUCACUGGCGAGUUCUGCUUGACACUCAAGAAAUAGGUACAGACCACAUUUGAGAAUAGCUUUGUGUGAUCUUUUUAGUGGGCUAGUGCCAUGGUCUGCAGCUUUAAAAGUACUUGGUAAAUUAAGUAACAAGGACCAGAUACUAUUUGCUUUUAAAGAUUUUUGUGAAGUUGUGAAGUGGUGGGUGUUAAUGUUUUCUGUUUCAGUAAAAAUAGGUUUAAGUUGUAGAACGUCCUGCUAUCGUAUAAGAACUUUUAUUGGCUGAAGUAUUACUAACAACAUACAUGCCAUCAACUGAUGUUUUUGUGAAAGCCAUCUCCACUGCUGUAUUAAUCCACCCAAGGCAAAGAGAUAUUUCUGUAUUAUUGUAAGUACCACACUUAUCAGUAUAUCUGUAGCUAUAUAACUUAGACAAUAUCAUCCUUACCAAAGUAUUUCCAUUUAAUGCUGCAAUAUUUUAUACUGCCAUUCCUCAUUCCUUUUAAUCCAAAGUCUAACCCAGGUCCCCCUAAACUCAAAAUGAACAGGCUAUGUCUACUAUGCCUACAAUUCACACUGAAAAGGACUCCUGGUCACCUCCAGAAUCACAGAUAGAACAGCAGAUCAGCAAUUCACUUGUCCUUCCCAGAACUGGCUAUUCUAAAAAAAUUUCCUUGAGUAGACACUUAACAAAUUGCUAUUUUUUCUAUAUGCAAGUUAGACUUUAAAGCAGAAUUUAGGCUUAAAUUUUACAAACUAAAUUAUAUUUUAGGGACAGAUUUAGGCAGAGUAUUGUGUCAAACACAGGACCACAUUGCAUUAUGAGCAAUGGCCCUGAGAAGCACAGGCUGCCUGUAGUCAAGUGUUCAAUGUAAAUACAUCCACUUAUUUGGAAUCAGCAUUGGUGCUUCUAAGCAGACCAACAUUGUACAGUGGCUUUAGUGGAAACAGAAUCAGGUUCCAAACAUAAUAAGAGAGGAUUGGUGCUUUUUCUUUCUCCUUUUUCUUUUCAUUUGUUUUUUUGUUGUUGUUUUGGUUUAUUGUUUUUUUUUUCUCCAAAGAAGUGGUAGCAUGGAUCACAUAUUUCCAUUUGGAAUCUGUACAAAAAUAAAAUUUACUUGAACUUUGCAUAUCCCUAGUAAACCCCACUUCCUAGUCUGUUCUGUAGCAUCACACACUGGAAAAAAAGUGAAAAUCAGUUAAAGGCUGGGCUUAUGAAAUUUGAUAUAGUUUAUCUACUUAUUUUCUAUGUAUUUGAAUUAUUCCACAGCUUUAUAUAUUGUCAGUGCUGUGAGGCUACAAUCAAGCACAGGCCCUGGUGCAGGAGAUGCAUACACAGAAAGACAAAAUCCCUUGGAGAUUUACAGCCUAAUUAAAGGGUGAAAAAUUGUUUUAAAAGGUGGAAAGCAAAAACUGUUGCUGAACAAAUACGAAAUUGUGAAGGUAUUUCACCCAGAUACUAUAUUUAAAACAAACAAAAAACCAAAACAAUUUUAUUUUUAUUUUUUUAAAACCAAAGUGGGCCAAAACCACUUCUGUAAGAGUAGAAAAUUCUGGAAGGUUUUAUUAUGUGAGGAACAACCCUGCACAUACACAGACUUUGCAGCAUCUCCAACUAAUAUUCUUAAGCAAAUGUAAAUGACAAUUUUAAUGAAAUUGAAUGAAUAGCCAGAAAUGUUUUAGUCAGUGGAUGUGCAUAAGAUAUUAGCAGUUGAUUUGACACUUUUUUCCACAAUUUUUUAUUAGUUUCUGUAGCUUUUUUAGGCUUUCAUAAGGAUUCAGCCCUGUAAAAACCCUCUAAGCAUGAUAAAAAUUAGAGGACCCAAAGCCCUCUCCCUGUGUAAGAUCACCAUAAAGUGAGGGAAUAUGUAGGAUGCAGGAUACCUUUUAAAGACAGGUCCCUAAUGUACAGAUGUAAUUUCACCUACUACAGAUUUGUUAAUGUUGAACCUGGGUUUUGUGAUAUGGUUAUUCGAGAUAGAAAUGUAAAGCAGCAUGCAGGGAGGCAUACUUUACAUUAUAUACUAGACUGUACUAUGCAGUGUAUACAUGUUAAAUCCAUUCUGUUUAGAAUUCUCUGUUCAUCUGUAAUUUUUACAUGAGUAGACAGUAGAUACGCACUGCUUUCAGAAAAAAAAAAAUACCACAUCUUAGAGAGAUUUCUGUCUACCAUGACUGUGCAAAAAAAGUAAUCAUUUUUCACAGAAGCAUCUACGUCAGACUGAUUGUAUUUUUGAAAUACUGAAAACAUUAAACAAUCCCAAAUAACUUUAAGUGUUGGUUUAACUUAAUCUUCACAUAAUACGGUUAGAGUGUUUCUUCCAGGUUUUUUUCUCAUCAAACUUACAAGUAGCUCCCAACGCAUGUGGUAAAACAGAGUCUGACAAGAACACUGGAACCUAAGUGAAACUGUACAUUAUGUACUGUG